CAAACGGUAAACUCCAACGGUCGGAAUUUCGAAAAUUCCUUCAGAAGACCGUCUAAAGUACACCCUCUCCUCCCUUCCUUCAUCUCUCUGUCACUCUUGUGGUGUGUAGUGUGUGUGCGGAAAAGAUGAUGAAAGAAAUGUGGAAUGGGCCGCCCGGUUUCAGGCCAGCAAAAUCAGCUCCCUUGUCUCCGGCCAAGCCCCUCCUCACUCGUUCCGAGACCUUCCACGUCACCCACAAGGUCCCUGUCGGCGACACCCCCUACGUCCGUGCCAAAAACGUUCAACUCAUCGACAAGGAUCCGGAGAGGGCCAUACCUCUCUUCUGGGCCGCCAUUAACGCGGGCGACUGAGUCGAUAGCGCCCUCAAAGACAUGGCCAUUGUCAUGAAGCAGCAAAAUAGGUCUCAAGAAGCCAUUGAAGCUAUCAAAUCACUGCGCGUCCGUUGCUCCGAUCACGCCCAGGAAUCCCUCGACAACAUCUUAUUAGACCUCUACAAGAGAUGUGGGAGAUUGGACGACCAAGUGGCGCUUCUGAGGCGCAAGCUGUUCCUCAUCCAGCAAGGCAUGGCCUUCAACGGCAAGCGCACCAAAACCGCCCGAUCGCAGGGGAAGAAAUUCCAAGUUUCCGUCGAGCAAGAGGCCACGCGACUACUGGGGAACUUAGGGUGGGCGUUGAUGCAGCAGAACAACUACAUCGAAGCGGAGGAGGCGUAUCGGCGAGUGCUUGUGCUGGCGCCGGACAACAACAAGAUGUGUAAUCUCGGGAUCUGCCUGAUGAAGCAGGGCAGAAUCGGCGAGGCCAAGGGCACGCUGCGCCGGGUGAAGCCGGCGGUGGCGGACGGCCCCAGGGGCGUCGAUUCGCACCUCAAGGCCUACGAGAGAGCUCAGCAGAUGCUCACCGAUCUCGAAUCGGAGAAGAUGACGCAAUGCGGCGUCGAUCGCGUGGAGCAGAGCAAGCUCUUCGACGCCUUCUUAGGCUCCUCCGCGAUCUGGCAGCCUCAGCCGUGCAGGGAGAGCCGCGCCACGCCGGAUGAGAAUGUCAAUAGCGGCAACAUCGUAAUUAAUCGGAAGAAUAGUGCUAAUAAUAAUAACAGUGUGUUGUUGAAUCUAAACAUCGGCGCGCAGCCGUUCUACUCGGCGAAGAGGAGCAGAUCCGGCAACGAGAAGGAGAAUGGAGAUCGGAGAUGCGUUAAUGGCGGCGGUGUUGGGAGGAGAGGGAGAUGUGUUGAAGAAGAAGAAGAGAGUGGAGAAGAGGCUUAAGGUGUUUCAGGAUAUAACGCCAUCCUUCAACUGCAGUCCAAAACCACGGAUUUUUAACAGAUAACUUACGCUAAUCCAAUUUUAUUUAUAGUUAGAGUUCCAAUUUAAAAUGUUAAUUUAUGGGGUUAGAGAUGAACUUGUUCUCCUUCUCCAUGGUAUUUCCCGUACCACAAGCGAAUAAAAUUAUCUUCUAAUA